GUCAUCGAAGUCCAAUUGAAUACAUUGUCCGAUAUGUUAUCGAUUUAACGUAAUCAUUAUCAAUUGUUAACCUACGCUCUUUCGCACGUGAUCAUACUGGUCAUUAAUAUGAACUUAGUGCCGCGGGUGCCGCAGAUUUUGUUGUGAGACUGUAUUUUUUUCGCGGACCGACGGAUAUGGCAGACUUAAAACCGGAUGACGAAUUGGACUGGGUGAAAAUACGUGAAGAUCUGGAUAGCACUUAUAUUACCGAGACAUUUUUUCAGAAGGCGAAACGUAAAACGCAAGAGAAUCCUCUGGUACCGAUAGGAGCAUUCGCGACUGUUACAGCCUUAAGUAUUGGACUCUUCAACUUUUAUAAGGGAAAAAAAGAAAUGCAACAGUAUAUGAUGCGUGCUCGUGUUGGUGCUCAAGCAUUUACUAUCGUUUGCAUGGUCGUAGGAUUUAUAAUGCUGCCCAAAAAAUGAAAUUGAUAUGUUAAUUUAUAAAUCAACACCAAGUUUAUAGUAUUAGGCUUGUCAUGGUCAUAUUGGGUAUGAUAUACCUAAUAUGAACAUCCCUUGUAUGUAGUUUAGGAUAAUCUCUGUUAUGUUGAUGUCGUCAAAAUAUUUUUAAAUAAAAAUAUUUACAAAAAUGUAA